AUGGACGUCCGCCUGUACCCCUCGGCGCCCGCGGUGGGCGCGCGGCCCGGGGCCGAGCCGGCCGGCCUGGCGCCCCUGGACUAUUACCACUGCGGCAAGUUUGAUGGUGAGAGUGCCUACGUGGGGAUGAGUGACGGAAACCCAGAGCUCCUAUCAACCAGCCAGAGCUUCAACAGCCAGAACGAGAGCAACGAAGACUAUGAGAUCCCCCCAAUAACGCCUCCCAACCUACCUGAGCCCUCCCUCCUGCACCUGGGGGACCACGAAGCCGGCUGCCACUCCCUGUGCCACGGCCUCGCGCCCAACGGACUGCUCCCUGCCUACUCCUACCAGGCCAUGGACCUCCCAGCCAUCAUGGUGUCCAACAUGCUGGCCCAGGACAGCCACCUGCUCUCGGGCCAGCUGCCCACGAUCCAGGAGAUGGUCCACUCGGAGGUUGCUGCCUAUGACUCAGGCCGACCAGGGCCCCUGCUGGGCCGCCCAGCGAUGCUGGCCAGCCACAUGAGCGCCCUCAGCCAGUCCCAGCUCAUUUCUCAGAUGGGCAUCCGGAGCGGCAUCGCCCACAGCUCCCCGUCACCCCCAGGGAGCAAGUCAGCGACCCCCUCUCCCUCCAGUUCAACUCAGGAGGAGGAGUCGGAGGCGCAUUUCAAGAUGUCGGGAGAAAAGAGACCUUCAACUGAUCCUGGCAAAAAGGCCAAGAACCCAAAGAAGAAGAAGAAGAAGGACCCCAAUGAGCCGCAGAAACCCGUGUCAGCCUACGCACUCUUCUUCAGAGACACUCAGGCCGCCAUCAAGGGACAGAACCCCAGCGCGACCUUCGGGGAUGUGUCCAAAAUCGUGGCCUCCAUGUGGGACAGCUUGGGAGAGGAGCAGAAGCAGGCCUACAAGAGGAAGACUGAAGCAGCGAAGAAGGAGUAUCUGAAGGCUCUGGCAGCCUACAGGGCCAGCCUUGUUUCCAAGAGCUCGCCUGACCAGGGUGAGACCAAGAGCGCUCAGGCGAACCCGCCGGCCAAGAUGCUCCCCCCUAAGCAGCCCAUGUACGCCAUGCCGGGCCUGGCCUCCUUCCUGACCCCUUCCGACCUGCAGGCCUUCCGCAGCGGGGCCUCCCCCGCCAGCCUCGCGCGGACACUGGGCUCCAAGUCCCUGCUGCCCGGCCUCAGCGCCUCCCCGCCGCCGCCCCCCUCCUUCCCUCUCAGCACACCCCUGCACCAGCAGCUGCCGCUGCCACCCCACGCCCAGGGUACCCUCCUCAGCCCACCCGUCAGCAUGUCCCCCGCCCCCCAGCCUCCCGUCCUGCCCGCGCCCAUGGCACUCCAGGUGCAGCUGGCCGUGAGCCCUUCACCUCCAGGGCCACAGGACUUCCCCCACAUCUCUGACUUCCCCAGCGGUUCCGGAUCCCGCUCCCCUGGCCCGUCCAACCCCACAAGCAGCGGAGACUGGGACAGCAGUUACCCCAGCACCGAGUGUGGCGUCAGCACCUGCAGCCUGCUCCCCAGGGAUAAAUCGCUCUACCUCACCUAAGCCCGUCUCCCUGUCCUUCCUGAGGCUUGCUGGAAGGGCGCUGCUCAGAGCCUGAAGGGCUGACAGCAGAAAAGAGGCCUCGGCAGGAAGCAGGGCGCCGGCGCAGAGCGCAGUGAGACGCCCGGGCCCAGGGCUGAGGCUCUUCCUCACCUCCCGGCAGACUCUGCAGAGGCCGCCCGCCGCCCAACGCCAGCCCAAAGAACCUGCUGGAACCUCCCGCCCCCUGACCGCUUGCUCCAGGGUUCCUGUGGACCCCGCGCCUCGCCUGCCGCCGUCCCCUCCGUCUGGUCGUCUGGCGCCAGAGCCCACGGUCGCCGGAGCUGCCCCUGGACCGGUGGCCCUGUCGCAGGAAGCCACCCCCAGAUGCGCCGGGCGGGAUCGGCUCAGCGCCAGACGUGCAAAUCCGGUUUUACAGUGUGAACAAGACAUUAUGACACUUAUAAACUGUUGGCUCCAUGUAAGUAUUAGUUGACUACGUGUUUUAGAAGCUGUGCUGAAGACACCUGUAAGAUUAUUUUGUUGGGAUGGGGUGGGGCGGAAAGUAGAUUCCUUAAAGGUAAAAAAAAAAAAAAAAAAAGGCAUUUUAUAUGACCCUUAGCACAUUUUUUUUUAAGUUUUAUCUUAAGGGAGACGUGCACAAAAGAGGCUGCCAAACCAUUUCACCCUCUGUACAGCAGGAACUGGACAAUUUAUAGCCACACUCAGAGACAUUGCGCUUUUUUUUUUUUUUAAAUCAUACAUUCAUCUCUUUAAAACAGCCAGCAAGGACUUCUGUCUGUUUACCAGGAACAAUCGAGAACAAAAUUGCAGUUUCUAUCAUAAAGUGUGUGUGCUUUGGGGGUCUGGUUUGGGUUUGGGUUCUUAAUGUUUGCAGCUGUUUUCUGACCCUGCAAAUGUCUGUCUUGGUGCCCAGUGCUUCUCUCGAAUUUCUUUAUAAUAAAACUGAUGAAAAGUUGGAAACAAGCCUGUCUCUCUUUACACUUGGUAAGCCAAGGGCAGGCCCUCUGCAGUGGUCCUUGGUGGUGGGAUUCACCAGGACAGAGCCCCUGGUGUCAGUUAGGUUGAGGGCAAAGUCCCACCUACCCUUUCCCCAUCCCCGAGGGUCUCUAUGGGCAGCAGAGCCUCGAUGGCUUCAGUCUUGCCAUCUGUAGAAGUGAGGUGAUGAUGGUACCAGCAAGUAGGUUCCCAUGAUGAUUCAAGGUGCUCUGGCCUUGUGUGCUGGCCACAAA